CAUACACAAGUCACGUCAACGUUUGUGCUGCUGGCAGGAUACUAGUUCAUCUCGCGACCAGACUUUGUAGUGGGGACAAUCAUAACCGUCUUGAUUUGGAAUAUUUCCAUUUUUAUUUCGUUUUUACAAGGAUUUGCUUUAUCUUAUUAUUCGUUUGGUUUAUUAUCAAAAAUCUCAAUGAUGGCCUGCUCCGGUUUCACCUGCUCCAAGCACUGCCUCUGUGCGCUCAAUAUCCUUUAUGUUUUGGUGAGUCUGCUGAUGAUCGGCAUCGCUGCGUGGGGGAAGUGGUUCGGCCUGGUGUCCAGCUUCCAGGUGGUGGGCGGAGUCAUUGGAGUAGGCGUUUUCCUGUUCUUCGUGGCGUUGGUCGGCCUCAUUGGGGCCGUGAAGCACCACCAGGUCCUACUCUUCUUCUAUAUGAUCAUCCUCUUCAUGGUGUUCAUCGUCCAGUUCUCUGUCUCCAGCGCCUGUCUGGCCAUCAACAAGGAUCAGCAGGAACAACUGUUGGAGGUGGGAUGGAACAACUCUCACACCACCCAGAGAGACGUAGAGAAGAGUCUCAACUGCUGUGGCUUCUACCACGUAGACAACAACGGGACCUGUGACGCUGCCUGUUUCCCCAACCACUCCUGUUCACCGUGUGCUGAGCACAUCCAGGCGCAUGCAGGAGAGGUGCUGCGCUUCGUGGGCGGGAUAGGCCUCUUCUUCAGCUUCACUGAGAUCCUGGGGGUGUGGCUAACGUAUCAAUACAGGAACCAGAAAGACCCUCGAGCCAAUCCCAGUGCCUUCCUGUAACUGCUGGCAACUGCUGGCUCUGCGCCCUGCCCCCCUCACCCCACAUCCUGGAAGUGGCUAGCCCUCCUCCUGGAGAGCUAAUGGAUGUGCAGGCUUUUUCUCAAGCCCUACUCUAACUAACACUAACACAGCUGAUUCUAAACAAAUGAGUUGCUCAUCGGGACCAUUUUCAGCUGAAUCGGUUGUGUUAGUUAAAGUGGGGCCGGAGCAAAAGCCUGCAGUAGCUCUCCUGGUGGGUUUGCCGCCUGUUUUAGGGGCUGUGUUUGUAGAUAAGCGAGUGACUUGUGUGUGUUUUCACCAGCUGAGCGCAGCGGCAGGCCUUUGUGUGGUGUUUCAUAAAGGUGUGUGUCUGGAAAAUAACUGGGUCGCGUUCGUUAGGGCACUAAACAGGAGAAAACUGACUGAGACAGGAGGAACUACAUUUUCCUUUACAUUUUCAGUUGCUAAAUGUUUUCUGUUGUGUGCCCUAAAGAACACGACCCGGCUGUAUAUUAAAAUGCUGCAUGAGUCUAUUACCCUAAUAGGACACCUGAAGCCACUCCCAAUCCCAAUCAUAUCCUGUAUUUAACCUCUCAUACGUAUAUGGCUCUGCUUCCGAUGACAAAUCUCUUGGAUUCAACGUUUUCAGAGAAUACAUUUGAUAUUUGAUACACCGUUGAUGGGCAAGCGUUCAGUAUGCUCAGACCAGUAUUAGAGCAUGUGAACUGUGAUGUUGUGACUACUGAAUGACUCCUGUAGUACAAACAACGACUGACAUAAUGAAGAACAGUUUGUAUUAUUUUGAGCGCAUGGCGAUUGAAGAUAUCAUUGAAUAUUUGUACAUUUGAUUUUAACACUCAAUAACAGGACUGUAGCGCGCUGUUGACAGUUGUGUGCUGUAACUACAUAACUACAGCUAUUUAAGCAGCUUGUUGUUGCCUUUACUUCACGUCAUCAUGCUACACAGUAUUCAACAAAGAAGUUGUUCUGUAUGUGUAUUUCUGUGUAAACAUUCCUAAUGAUUAGAAAUCUGCUAAACCAAAUGCAUUAAUGUAAGAGUCAGUUGCUUAUGCCGUCUGAAUAUCAACACUAUGUCAUUCUGGGGAAGUCUGACCUGAAAACACAUAUGAUACACUUUGUUCUGCUGAUAGUGUUACAAAGCCUGGCAGUCGAUUGUGUGCUGCUGUAUCGUGUCUCUGCUAGGAUGUGCUGCUGUAUCGUGUCUCUGCUAGGAUGUGCUGCUGCAUCAUGUCUCUGCUAGGAUGUGCUGCUGCAUCAUGUCUCUGCUAGGAUGUGCUGCUGCAUCGUGUCUCUGCUAGGAUGUGCUGCUGUAUCGUGUCUCUGCUAGGAUGUGCUGCUGCAUCAUGUCUCUGCUAGGAUGUGCUGCUGCAUCAUGUCUCUGCUAGGAUGUGCUGCUGCAUCAUGUCUCUGCUAGGAUGUGCUGCUGCAUCAUGUCUCUGCUAGGAUGUGCUGCUGCAUCAUGUCUCUGCUAGGAUGUGCUGCUGCAUCAUGUCUCUGCUAGGAUGUGCUGCUGCAUCAUGUCUCUGCUAGGAUGUGCUGCUGCAUCAUGUCUCUGCUAGGAUGUGCUGCUGCAUCAUGUCUCUGCUAGGAUGUGCUGCUGCAUCAUGUCUCUGCUAGGAUGUGCUGCUGCAUCAUGUCUCUGCUAGUAUGUGCUGCUGCAUCAUGUCUCUGCUAGGAUGUGCUGCUGCAUCAUGUCUCUGCUAGGAUGUGCAGCUGCAUCAUGUCUCUGCUAGGAUGUGCUGCUGCAUCAUGUCUCUGCUAGGAUGUGCUGCUGCAUCAUGUCUCUGCUAGGAUGUGCAGCUGCAUCAUGUCUCUGCUAGGAUGUGCUGCUGCAUCAUGUCUGCUAGGAUGUGCUGCUGUAUCGUGUCUCUGCUAGGAUGUGCUGCUGCAUCAUGUCUCUGCUAGGAUGUGCUGCUGCUUCAUGUCUCUGCUAGGAUGUGCUGCUGUAUCAUGUCUCUGCUAGGAUGUGCUGCUGCGUCAUGUCUCUGCUAGGAUGUGCUGCUGCAUCAUGUCUCUGCUAGGAUGUGCUGCUGCAUCAUGUCUCUGCUAGGAUGUGCUGCUGCAUCAUGUCUCUGCUAGGAUGUGCUGCUGCAUCAUGUCUCUGCUAGGAUGUGCUGCUGCAUCAUGUCUCUGCUAGGAUGUGCUGCUGCAUCAUGUCUCUGCUAGGAUGUGCUGCUGCAUCAUGUCUCUGCUAGGAUGUGCUGCUGCAUCAUGUCUCUGCUAGGAUGUGCUGCUGUAUCGUGUCUCUGCUAGGAUGUGCUGCUGCAUCAUGUCUGCUAGGAUGUGCUGCUGUAUCGUGUCUCUGCUAGGAUGUGCUGCUGCAUCAUGUCUGCUAGGAUGUGCUGCUGUAUCGUGUCUCUGCUAGGAUGUGCUGCUGCAUCAUGUCUCUGCUAGGAUGUGCUGCUGCUUCAUGUCUCUGCUAGGAUGUGCUGCUGUAUCAUGUCUCUGCUAGGAUGUGCUGCUGCAUCAUGUCUCUGCUAGGAUGUGCUGCUGCAUCAUGUCUCUGCUAGGAUGUGCUGCUGCAUCAUGUCUCUGCUAGGAUGUGCUGCUGCUUCAUGUCUCUGCUAGGAUGUGCUGCUGUAUCAUGUCUCUGCUAGGAUGUGCUGCUGCAUCAUGUCUCUGCUAGGAUGUGCUGCUGCAUCAUGUCUCUGCUAGGAUGUGCUGCUGCAUCAUGUCUCUGCUAGGAUGUGCUGCUGCAUCAUGUCUCUGCUAGUAUGUGCUGCUGCAUCAUGUCUCUGCUAGGAUGUGCUGCUGCAUCAUGUCUCUGCUAGGAUGUGCAGCUGCAUCAUGUCUCUGCUAGGAUGUGCUGCUGCAUCAUGUCUCUGCUAGGAUGUGCUGCUGCAUCAUGUCUCUGCUAGGAUGUGCAGCUGCAUCAUGUCUCUGCUAGGAUGUGCUGCUGCAUCAUGUCUGCUAGGAUGUGCUGCUGUAUCGUGUCUCUGCUAGGAUGUGCUGCUGCAUCAUGUCUCUGCUAGGAUGUGCUGCUGCUUCACGUCUCUGCUAGGAUGUGCUGCUGUAUCAUGUCUCUGCUAGGAUGUGCUGCUGCAUCAUGUCUCUGCUAGGAUGUGCUGCUGCAUCAUGUCUCUGCUAGGAUGUGCUGCUGCAUCAUGUCUCUGCUAGGAUGUGCUGCUGCAUCAUGUCUCUGCUAGGAAGUGCUGCUGCAUCAUGUCUCUGCUAGGAUGUGCUGCUGCAUCAUGUCUCUGCUAGGAUGUGCUGCUGCAUCAUGUCUCUGCUAGGAUGUGCUGCUGCAUCAUGUCUCUGCUAGGAUGUGCUGCUGUAUCGUGUCUCUGCUAGGAUGUGCUGCUGCAUCAUGUCUGCUAGGAUGUGCUGCUGUAUCGUGUCUCUGCUAGGAUGUGCUGCUGCAUCAUGUCUCUGCUAGGAUGUGCUGCUGUAUCGUGUCUCUGCUAGGAUGUGCUGCUGCAUCAUGUCUGCUAGGAUGUGCUGCUGUAUCGUGUCUCUGCUAGGAUGUGCUGCUGCAUCAUGUCUCUGCUAGGAUGUGCUGCUGCUUCAUGUCUCUGCUAGGAUGUGCUGCUGUAUCAUGUCUCUGCUAGGAUGUGCUGCUGCAUCAUGUCUCUGCUAGGAUGUGCUGCUGCAUCAUGUCUCUGCUAGGAUGUGCUGCUGCAUCAUGUCUCUGCUAGGAUGUGCUGCUGCUUCAUGUCUCUGCUAGGAUGUGCUGCUGUAUCAUGUCUCUGCUAGGAUGUGCUGCUGCAUCAUGUCUCUGCUAGGAUGUGCUGCUGCAUCAUGUCUCUGCUAGGAUGUGCUGCUGCAUCAUGUCUCUGCUAAGAUGUGCUGCUGCAUCAUGUCUCUGCUAGGAUGUGCUGCUGCUACUGAUGGUUCUGUGAACUAGGUACCUGAGCCUUUGUACAAGAAAUCACAAUAAAAUUGAUAUUUUACAUCUU